AUCAAAAUGGCUGACACGUUGCAGUCUGCUAGCCGUCAAAAGCUAAUCAGAGAGAGACUGUCACAAUGGGAAGCAAAGACAAAUCCGAAAGCUCCACUAACAACGAAGCAAAAAGAUGCCGUUAUUGAAUUAACGUCGUUUGUAACAGAACGGCCUCUUCCACAAGGAUUGCCGAGUGAUGAUGUGUUGGUUGUGUCUCCCCCUCCUGUGAGUGCAUCAAGCAGCAGCACCAAUGAGGACAGUCUGCUGCAGAUGUUCCUCCAGUCCAACCCACCAGAAGGGGGCAAGAUAGAGAACGCUCAGCAGUUCUUUUCCUGGUUCUCUGAACUGGAGGAUGGUGUUGAUCAAGAGGAUGAAAGUCAUUACAGGGAUUACAUGGAUGGCUUGAUGGGUCACCGUGACCAGUGUGACAGUGUGCUAGGGGAGGUAACUCAGGCCCUGGAUCAUCUGCGGGAGCUACAGAAGCAGUAUGUCAAUGUCUCCACCAAGACCAAUGCUCUACAUGAUGCCUGUGAACACCUCCUGGCUGAACAGACCAAACUGAUGAAUACCGCAGAGAGUUUGACAAACAAGCUGUCAUACUUUAAUGAGUUGGAGAGAAUAUCCAGUAAACUUGGAUCUCCUACUCUGACAGUUACAAACGAGUCUUUUGUUCCGAUGUUGUCCCGUAUGGAUGAAUGUAUUCAUUACCUUAAAAAUAAUCCUAGGUACAAGGAAUCAGCAGUGUAUUUAGCCAGGUUCCGGCAGAGUUUGUCCCGAGCACUUAAUCUUAUAAAGUCGCAUGUGACGACACUACUGCAAAAUGCAACACAGCAGGUGCAACCUAAAAAGCAGGAUGUUCCAAACAUGGCUGACAAUGCAUUUACUCUGUUCUAUGGCAAAUUCCGAGCCAAUGCUCCUCGUAUUAAAUCCCUCACUGAACAGCUAGAGAUAAGAGUGGAUAAGACACCAGAAUAUGCCGACGUCUUGGCUGACUGCCACCACUGCUACUUUGUGCAGCGGGAAACGCUUCUCGGACCCAGCAUUGCCUCCACCAUCACAGACCUGGCCAGUAAACAUGUUCGGGAUCACUGUGCACUGAUGCGGAGUGGCUGUGCCUUCAUGGUGCAUGUAUGUGAGGAUGAAUACCAGCUGUUUUUCAACUUCUUCUCCAAACCAACGCCCAUGUUAGAUGAGAUGUUGGAGCGGCUGUGUAACAACCUGUACGAUGUGCUGCGGCCACUCAUUAUUCACGUGAACCAUCUGGAGACUCUGUCCGAACUGUGCAGCAUCCUCAAGUUGGAGAUGAUGGAGGAACAUGUCCUGAACAAUCCCCAGGAGCUCGGGGCGUUUGAGUGUAUAUGUAAGCAGAUGUUGAUGGAUGUGCAGGAGAGAUUGGUGUACCGGUCCUACAUCUACGUGAAGGCCGACAUCUUCCAGUACUCUGCUGCUUCAGGAGACCUGGCAUACCCCGAGAAGCUAGAGAUGAUGGAGAGUAUUGCGGAGAGCAUCAAGAAGGGACAGCAGAGUGACAAAACCCAUUCCCGCACCCCAUCUAACGCCUCCAGCACCAGCCAGGAGGUAGCACAGCUCACAGCCACUGAGACGGAGAUGCAGACAGUGCCCCUUAAUGAGCCCAGUAGAGACAACCCAACCAGCAACAUGCCCAUGUCUCCAGCUGAUCUGCACGGAAUGUGGUACCCGACUGUCCGCCGUACGUUAGUCACGCUGUCCAAGCUAUACAGAUGCAUUGAUAAGACCACCUUCCAGGGCUUGUCUCAGGAGGCGCUGUCAGCCUGCAUACACUCUCUCUCUGCAGCCAAGGACGGUAUCAUAAAGAGAAAGACAGUUAUGGAUGGAGAGUUGUUUCUCAUCAAGCACUUGUUGAUUCUACGGGAACAGAUAGCACCAUUUCAUGCUGACUUUGCCAUAAGGGAAACCCAUUUGGACUUCAGCAAGUUUAAAGACAUGGCCAGUAAAGAUGGGAGCCUAGGACUGGGGGUGUUUGUAGAUGCAGCCUACAGCCUCAUCCAGAAGAAAGGACAACUGUUUGCUCUCAACAGUAACAACGCCUUGCUACAGUUCGUUCUCAGCGGCACACCCCAGGUUACUGAGUACUUUGUGGACUCGAAGCGUGACGUGGACCAGCAUCUAAAGAAAACGUGUGAAGAUUUCAUCCAUCAUGUCUCCGAGACAUUCACAGGACCUCUUCAGACAUUCCUGUCUAGGGCUGAGGUGAUUGUGAAGAUGAAGCAGGAGCAAGUGGGACAGAAUGUGAAACUGAGGCAACAGCCUUUUGCUACCCCAGAAAAGGUUCAUGAUGUUGUGGCAGAGACAUACAAGAAUGUGAAGACCAAACUGCCCUCUGUCCAUCGCAGCAUGUCCCUGUAUCUGGCCAACAGGGACACUGAGUCCAUCCUGUUUAGGCCCAUUAAGGUGAAUGUACAACAGAGCUUUCAGCAGCUCACCCAGCUCCUCACAGACAACUACACAGAGGAGGACAUACAGAUCAUUGCCUGUCCAAGUGCAGAACAGGUGAAUCUGCUGCUUUCAACAGGUGCAAAGUGAUACAAAGGAGAUCAUAAACAUUGGACUUAAUUUAGGGGUAGUGUGUAAAUGAGGAUUCACCAAGACAGAUGUGAUCUAAAACUGUGAUCAAGGGGAGAUUUCUCCAUUAACUGAACAACCUUGAACAUCACAAGUGUGUUAAACCAUCAGUAUGUUCACUCAGUGAGGAAGCCUGUGGGCAGCUGGUGUACAGUAAUACUGUGGGAGGCUUCUGGAUGGGACACCCUGACAGACAGCAGGAGCCUCACACACAGCUUGCUUCUUGUGGGACAUCAGCAGCAGAUUGUUGUAUCAAUACUGUUUCAGGCGGAGAUACUGCUGCCUUGGGAAGCAGUUUAUGUGGUAUUAUAGGUGAUAUAUUUACUUUGGAUGUUACACAUGUUCUUGUGAUCAUUUAUGUGUGGGAGGUUCAUAUUUGCUUCUUCAAUAUUAGGACACUAUCAUGUGUUUACCCAUUCACAGCAGUAUUUCAGGCUAACUGCUUCUGAUGGAUGUGAGAAUCAUCGCCUCUGCAAGGUUAUUGUUGCGAAAGUUGUGUCAAUAGUGGCUCUGGUAGCAAAGGUUUCUGGAGCAGGGAAUAUCUGGCCAGGAGAACCUGCAUUCACCUACAUCAUUAGAUGAAUCACUUUACCAAGACCGACUUGCAUAGGAGACCAUGGUCCAUCAAGGCUGUCGUAGGUUUUUGUUCACGAAAGCCAGUGAUCUCCACCAUGGCAGCCCUGCACUGGAUCACUUAGUUCAACCUUCUGCCUUUGCUUCUGUGGAGUGCAUCAUCAACACUGGAGGAAUAUCUAUUGUUAUUGUGUAUUAUUGUUGUCAAGAGAUUUUUUUAACUCAUAUUUUUAUACUUGUUAUGUAUAUAUGUAAUAUAUGGGGUAAAACAAAUAAAUCAGAAGAAAAGGUA